UCAUCGCAUCGAACCGAACAAGCUAACCUAUACAGUUUUUAUCUUCGCCACAUUGCGACCAAGUCAUUAAAAUAUCGCGAAAAAAAUUUAGUGCCACCCUCAAUCUCAGCUCAGUUUGUUGAUCAAUCUUUUUUAAAAUUCAUACAUUUCCAAAAGUUUCACCUGUUGGCUUGUCUAUCUAGCUUCCACCUCUUCCAAGUGCAAACAUUCUUGUUCGAGGUUGCAAAAAUGGCCAAAGUUCAGCUUGGAAAUGUAGUAGUCCUAGACAAUCCAUCACCCUUUUUAAACCCUUUCCAAUUCGAGCUAACAUUUGAAUGUAUCGAGGAAUUAAAAGAAGAUCUUGAAUGGAAGAUGAUCUAUGUUGGAUCUGCAGAAAGUGAAGAACAUGAUCAAGUAUUAGACACAAUCUAUGUUGGACCUAUUCCCGAAGGGAGGCAUAUGUUUGUAUUUCAGGCUGAUCCUCCUGACGUUAACAAGAUUCCUAUAGCUGAUGCUUUAGGAGUUACAGUUGUAUUACUAACAUGUUCUUACCGAGGUCAAGAAUUUGUCAGGGUUGGAUAUUUUAUUAACAACGAAUACAAUGAUCCAGAGCUUCGAGAAAAUCCACCAACCGUGCCUGAAUUUGAUAAGGUCGUACGCAACAUCCUAGGAUCAGAACCUCGAGUAACAAGGUUCAAAAUCAACUGGGAUGAUUCAGAGUCGCAAGAAGGAAACCAAGUUGAGACAUCUUCAAAUAUGGAAUCAAACAUGGAAACAAAUAUGGAAACGAAUAUGGAGACAAAUGCCCUAGAAUCAAUGCCCGUUACAAGCAAUAGUUUUUGUGAAAGCAACUCGGGAAGUUUAAACAGUGUUCCAGUCCAGUAGUCAGAUCAUUCAAUGCACUGUUUCUUUGAAUGUAACAAAAUCCAACGAGAGACUCAAAUUACCAUUGAUAUACCAAGAUUAUUUUUGUAUUCCCCUAUACUCCCUUUGUUCUGUCAUAGCAGUGUUCGCUUUGAUGAGCGUGGCACAGUACAUCUACAGAAUACUUUUGAGAAUUGAUGAGAGAAGAGAAAUGCAGGUCAUAACAAAAUGUGUCAAUCUGAAAAUCUCUUCCCAAAUAUUUUUUUAUUUCCCUAGUUUAUGUCCCAAAUUUUUAACUAACUCAUGUACCUAAACUUUAAAGAUUUGAUAGAAAUAAUUUGAAAAAAGAAAAUUUUGCUAAAAUUUAAUCUGGAGUGAAGAAGAGGCUGUUAUAUCUUUCAUAAAACUUAAAAUUUCACACGCUGUUCUGAAGUUUUUUUUUUUUUUUUUUUUUUUUUUUAACCAAUAAUUUUGUAUUUCAUGUUUUGUUGUUUAUAGUGUAUAUUAUUUCUAAUUUAAUUUAUUUUGUAUAUUUUUGUGGAGAAGCGGAUCACCUGUAAAAUGUGCGGAGAUCGAUUCUGUUAGAGACUUCAAGUGCACUAACGGCACUUCAGCUAAAAUUUACCCUCUAAAAAUUACUGAUAAAAAAUUACGGUGAUAGGAUCAGUUGUGUUUAUGAAGUAUUAGAGAAUCCUAUUUAGAUAAUUAUUGCUCAUAGAUUAACAAAAAGUAACAAGAACUGUCAAAUGCAAGAUCAGAAAUGGCCAAUUUUAACAAAGCUAUCGCUCUUUAGAAAGCUUGGUGAUUGUUAUUGAUCUGCUACUCUUUUUUGGUCUACUAGCUGAAAUGAUGAAACAUGAUUCUAUGACUUGCUCGACUGACGUUAGGUUUAUGCAAUUUUUUUUUCCUCUUUUUUUUGUAACCUUUACAUCCUUUAAUUUUAGUAUCUUGCAACUGUUUAUAUCCAUGGCCUUAUAAAUAAUUAUUAUCAAAAGUAUAUGUAGAAGCUGAAGUUUAAAAAUAGUGCCCUUUCAAACUCGUUUGGAAUUUUUUAAUUUGUUACUAUGCCUCUGACUUUCAUACCUCAUGUCAAAGCAAUAUUUCCACAUUAGUUUUUCAAAGAGUCAACAGAAUAAAUAAACAAUAAUGGUGUAAUAACUAUUCAAUAACACAAGGGCAGUGGAAGCAGCGAUGACUCCUGCCAUCUUCCCAAGUUGAUUCCUCUUUUCAGCAGCUGAUGCGUCUUUUUCCAAAGAGUUUGCUUAUUUUGAGAUAGGGAAGGUUUUUUUUUCUGCAGCAAUCUUUUUUUCUCCUUUUUGCCAUUGGUAAUGUGUAUGUAAAAAAAAAUGAUCUCUUCAAUAACAUCCAAACGGCAAAAUAUUACCCUACACACUCUAUCAACGAAACCUGAACUAUUCUUUUUAGAUUUUUAUCAAAUACAUGUAUGUACAAUUAAUUCUUAAGUAUAUUCAUCCUGUGAACCUACCAUUUAUGUCAACAUAUUUUGAAUUUGUUAUACUAGUGACAAAGAAUUCAGUUCCAAAUGCAAUUUUAAUACUGUACUUCAUAAUACAAUUAAUUCAAAUUUUUAA